CUUCACAUUUUCUCUGUAUCCAUGAAUAUAAUCACUUUAAAAAAACAAAACUGACAAAUUGUUUACGCUGCGGUUAUUAAGACGAUUCUGUGGCUGUGUCCCAGUUGCUAAGAGAAGUAUACUUGAUGCGUACUUGCUUUUGCUAAAGACAUAUUAAGCAUAACUGUCUAACACAUCUAUGUAAAUAAUUACAUAUUAUAAAUAUUGUACAACGUCAUAGACAAGUAUGGUACUAGGGUAUGCUUGUACCAAAUGGAACGGAGCCUAAGUCUCGAAGACAUUGUAUGUUGUGUUUAAAUGAAGUCGUGUAUGCAUUGAUGAUAUGAUCACCUUGGGUUGUCAUAAUGUGGAAGAUCUGAUGCGACCAACCUGCAAAAUUAAGCCUACCAGUUCAGCAAUAAUGGAAAGUUUGGAUAGCCUACCAUCCAAUGAUCGUGAUAACCAGAAGCUUAGCGGAGGAAGUACACCCUGGCAUGAUUCGACAAUCCCUAAAAAAUCUCCAGCGCAACAAUUAAAUGAAUCACACAGCUUUUUACUAAUCGACGGAAGAGAACAUCUCAAAGUUUCAAACACUGAACAAUUUAUUGAGAAUUUAAAAUGUGGUGGUAAAAAUGUAAAGUUAAAAGUUGUAUCCAUAUUUGGCAAUACAGGGGAUGGAAAGAGCCACACGUUGAACAAGACAUUUUUUGAUGGUCAAGAAAUAUUUCGAACUUCAAAUGAGCAAAGCUCUUGUACACUUGGGGUCUGGGCAGCGUUUGAUCCCACUCUAAAAGUAAUUUGCUUGGAUACCGAAGGACUGCUAGGAAUAACAGCUCAUGAAAAUCAACGAAUGAGACUGUUGCUAAAAGUUCUCGCAGUGUCUGACAUCGUAGUUUAUAGAACUCGUUCCGAGAGACUUCACAGAGACUUAUUUACAUUUAUUGGAGCUGCAUCACGAGCUUACAGUCACCAUUUUCAAAAUGCAUUACAAGCCGUUGGGCAAAGAGAAGGUAUGAACGGCUCCUUGAGUGCACUUGGGCCAAGUAUCAUUGUGUUUCAUGAGACUCGGCACACCAGAACAUUGUCCAGUAAUGCAACAGAAAGUGCAGAGGACAUUCUGAGAGCACGUUUUGAUCAGAUGCGGCUGGAAAUUGAAGCCUUCAGUUCAAUAAAGUAUGUUGGUGUUGAAACGCCAAAUCCACCAACAGAUUAUCAGCCCCUGAGGAGGGCCAUUAAAAAUGAGCUGGAUAAUACGACUGUUCGCUCUGCUAGGAGGCCUCACUUGGUCUAUGGCACUCUCAAAAUACUCAAUGAUAAAUUUUCCGGUGAAAUUGAAAACUUGUCAAGCAUUCUAUUUCCUGACCAGUACUUUACCUGCACUGUCAAGUGCUUGAGCUGUGAUUGUAGGUGUAUCAACAGUAUGGGACACCUCCGUGAAGGAAAACCCCAUGCUAGUGACUCCAGAUGUCGUUACCAGCAUCAGUAUGAAAACUUGGUGUACAUCUGUAAAAAGUGUCAUGGCAAUGGAAGUGAAGUCAUUGUUACUAGUCGCACGCUAACUCAGAGCGAUGCAAGCUGGUAUGGAUUCGCCAAGUAUGCGUGGUCUGGGUACGUGAUAGAAUGUCCACACUGUGGUGAAAUAUAUAGAAGUCGGCAGUUUUGGUAUGGAAAUAAAAAUCCUGAGGAUGCAGCUGUUAGAACAGAAAUAACGCAUGUUUGGACUACGGCUAAUGCUUCACUGGCAUCUCAGAAUACUGCUCAAAGAGUUAUUGACAGUGUUUCAUAUAUAACUGAAGCUGUAACCAAUGCAUCAAUUCAACCGACAAAACUAUUAACAUCCUGGGUUGCCGAUCAAGUUGCGCCUACAUACUGGCGACCCAAUAACGAGAUUAAACACUGUCAUAAGUGCAAAGCUUCAUUUGGCGCAACAGAUACAAAGCACCAUUGCCGAGCUUGUGGUGAAGGGUUCUGUGCCAGCUGCUCAUCAAAAAAAAAACCAGUGCCACUAAGAAAUUGGUACACGCCAGUUAGAGUUUGUGAUGUAUGUUUUGCCAAGGACGAUAAUUCUAAUGAAGACUUGACUGAAAGUUCUGAGGAUGUUAGUGCAAGGAAAGUUACUGAACAUGUCGUGUCAACAUUGAACGUGGUUGGAACUGUCUUGAGUUACUCGAAGUCACUGAUCAAGGAUACAGUGAGGCCAAGCUACUGGGUACCUGACUCGGAAGUAACAAACUGCUGUGUCUGUGCGGUGAACUUUUCAGACACAGUGCCUUUACAUCAUUGCAGGGAUUGUGGCCGCGGGGUUUGUCAAGAUUGUUCUUCUCAUCGAAAACCCGUUUCUCGACGCGGUUGGGAUAGACCCGUUCGUGUUUGUGAUCUGUGCAUCAAGAUCGAUUGAAAAAUGAUUGUUAUUUUAAUGACUCGGUGGCGAACUGUUAAAGUUAUAUAAAUGUAAAUAAUUGUUAUCCCAAUGUCGAGUAAAAGCCAUCAAAGAAAUCAGAUGGUCUGAGUUUCUAAAAAUAACCACUGAUAAGUGACAGUUAUUGAGAUAUUUGAAAUGUUUUUUUAUUUGCAAUGAAAGUAAUCAAAUUUCUCUCCAGAGCAUCCUGUGUUACAUUCCUUGGUAAUUAUUAGCAAUCGGUAUUGCCUGCCUAUAUUAUCAUUUUUUUUCAGCACUAGAGGAAAAGAAUAACUGCACAAAAUUCAGUCCAGGUGUAACCAGACAAAGUUCGAAUCUCGCCUUGCAGAUUCAGCAUCUGAACGACCUGCCACUUCAUAUACCUAUAUUUUGUGUGACUCACUAGUGAUUUUAACCACAGUACUUCGUUCCAUAACUCUCCACGCUACCUGAAGAUUAUUAUGGUCUCUAUGGAACAGUAAUGUUGAAUGAAAGGAUACUACGUGAUAAAGAAGUUUAGAAAAAUACCACAGUAGUCAAUAUAUCUUCAUGUUCCUCUUAUACACAUUUUUAA